AGCCUGCUCUUUUGUUUGGUGUUUCUCAACGGUCGUUGGAGUGUGACGAGCCGGCGAUGAAAUAUGUACGUUCACUCAGCAAGCACCAGAUACGGUACGUGAUAACGGUGAUCUCUGUACGUCUUCCGCUGUUAACUAGAUCCAAAUAUAAUAAUUGUGACACUGAAAACACGUAAGCUGUUCAACAUUUUUCACUUUCGUUGGGCAAUAGUUGCGCGGCCCAUGAGACUUGGCCAGUGAGAGACAAGGCCGAGCUGUUGACUGAGAUAUAAAGACUGUGCUGAUAGACCAAACAACCGUUUGACUCUAGUAUCUCGGAGAGGAUGCUGGAAGUGUAAACAAUGAUGUUACGAGGUUUUCUUCUGGUUCUAAUCGUGGCGGCGGGAGCAAAUGGAAAUGACCCAGCUGGACAACAAAUUUUGCUCUUUAAGGAAAAGACGAAGGGACCGAUCGGUGUUAUGACAACGAGUGCUGGUGCUCCAAUAGAAUACAAAGAUGCUACAGUAACCCUUAACUCUAAUUUAAUAUUUAAUGAAUACUUUAUGGACUCACUAACACAUCUUGUUCGAGAGAGAAUACCAGAACGUCUAGUCCAUGCGAAAGCAGGAGGCGCAUUUGGCUACUUCGAAGUAACCCAUGACAUUACUCAUAUUUGCAAAGCCAAACUAUUUAGUAGAAUCGGUAAAAGAACACCGAUAGCAGCAAGAUUUUCACCAGUAGUCGUUGAAAGAGGAGGAAUAGAUACUUCCAGAGAUGCCAGAGGAUUUGCCCUCAAGUUUUACACUGAAGAGGGUAACUUUGACAUCGUAGGCUUCAAUACACCAAUGUAUGUUUACAAAGAUCCUCUUUUGUUCUCCACCUUUGUAAGAGCACAAAAAAGAAAUCCAGCUACGAAUCUCAUCGAUGGGAACAUGCUUUGGGAUUUCUUGACUUUACGACCUGAAAGUUUACAUAUGUUUCUCUUAGUGUUUGGCGAUAGGGGAAUACCAGAUGGAUAUCGUCAUAUGCCGGGAUUUGGAAUACAUACAUUUGAAGUUGUUAAUGAACACGGAGAAAAGAGUUUCGUUAGAUUCCAUUUUACACCAAAUGCGGGAAUUAAAAAUCUUAGAUCUGAGGAAGCUAGAAAAAUCGCAGCUAUCGAUCCAGAUUAUGCUACUAGAGAUUUAUACAGAGCUAUAGGUAAUGGAGAUUUUCCUAGUUGGAAAGUUAGUAUACAAGUGUUAUCUCUUGAUGACGUCAAGAAUGCAGGUUUUGAUGUUUUCGAUGUAACCAGAGUAUUGCCUUUAGAUGAUUAUCCACUGAAACCUGUUGGUGUGUUUGUACUGAACAAAAAUGCAAUAAACUAUUUUGCUGAAAUAGAACAGCUAGCUUUCAGUCCUGCUAACUUAGUACCAGGAAUUUUAGGGGGACCUGAUAAAGUUUUUGAAGCUCGUCGUUUAGCUUACCGGGACGCUCAGUAUUACCGUUUGGGAGCAAACUUUAAUAGGAUACCUGUAAAUGGUCCUAUUCAAGUUAAAGUCUUGGCUUACAAUCGUGAUGGUAGACCUCCAGUUAAAGACAAUGAAAAAGAUACUCCAAAUUAUUACCCAAAUUCGUAUAACGGAGCUGCAGCGUAUGUGGAUAAGAAAAGAGCAGAGUUAAUCGAUAUAUAUCAAGAUGACCCAAAUAAUUUCCAGCAAGCAACAGAAUUAUACGUAAAUGAGAUGACGAAGGAUGAACGAAGUCGCCUUGUUGAAAAUGUACUGUAUAGUUUAGGAGGCGCAGCAAAAUUUCUACAGGAAAAAGCUGUCAAGUUAUUUUCUAUUAUACAUCCAGAUUUAGGCGAUCGUAUUGCAGAAGGUCUAGCAUCAAAUAGAACAAAACAUUAUCAUUAUGAUGAUGGCUAUUUUGUUUACUAAA